AUGGCUGGGUUUCUAACGUCACUGUGGAGGUAUAGGAAUUACAUUGUGAUAGUUCUGACACCUCUUCUACUCCUGCCUCUGCCCCUGAUCAUCCCGACCUCGGAGGCAAAAUGUGGCUAUGCGAUAAUCCUGAUGGCACUGUACUGGUGUACAGAGUGUAUCCCUCUGGCUGUGACUGCCCUGCUGCCUGUUAUUCUUUUCCCUAUGAUGGGCAUCAUGGAAUCAGGCGAGGUUUGUAUCCAGUACUUGAAAGACUCAAACGUGCUUUUUAUUGGUGGGCUGCUGGUGGCCAUCGCUGUGGAGCACUGGAACCUGCACAAGAGGAUCGCCCUUCAAGUUCUGCUUAUUGUUGGGGUGAAGCCAUCUCUCCUGAUGAUAGGUUUCAUGAGCACCACAGCGUUUCUGUCCAUGUGGAUCAGUAACACGGCUUCCACAGCUAUGAUGCUGCCCAUCGCCAAUGCUGUGCUGCAGCAGCUGUGUGACACAGAGGCCGAAGCUGAAGAGAGGGAUCACGACCAGCCUGCUGCAAAGGAUGGCCUGGAAAACCAGGGCUUUGAGAUGGGUGACAUCAAAGAAAAGAACAACAAGGAGCUCAUAAGAAAGGACAGCAGCAUCAACGUGGAGGUUUCUGUUUGGAGUCCGGAGGCAGAGCACCGCAGACUUGAGAGGGAGCAGAAGUAUUUGAAACUGUCGAAAGGCAUGAGCCUAAGUGUUUGUUAUGCAGCCAGCAUUGGAGGAACGGCCACCCUUACUGGAACCACACCUAAUGUCAUCCUGAAGGGCCAGAUUGAUGAACUCUUUCCAGAUAAUGGUGGCAUAAUCAACUUUGAAAGCUUUUUUGGCUUCUCAUUUCCCAACAUGGUGCUAAUGUUGGCUCUGUCUUGGUUGUGGCUGCAGUUUAUGUUUUUGGGCUUCAACUUGAAAAAGUCCUUUGGAUGUGGCACAAACAAAGCUGGUGACAAGGAGGCAUACCAGGUAAUCAAAGAUGAGUACAAAAGGUUGGGCAGGAUGAGCUUCGCUGAGGGCUGUGUACUGGUUAUCUUCAUGUUGCUGGUUCUUCUGUGGUUUACCAGGGAGCCUGGGUUCAUACCCGGCUGGGCCACUGUGCUCUUCAACAAAGACAAAACGUACGUCACAGAUGGCACCGUGGCCAUAUUAAUGUCAGCACUCUUCUUCUGCAUCCCUUCCAAUUUGCCCAGAUGCUGCAAGAAGUCUGAGGAUGGUAGGCCAGGGCCCCUGCCGAAGCUCCUUCCCCCCCUGCUUAAUUGGGAUAUUGUCCAUGAAAAGAUGCCUUGGAACAUCCUUUUGCUUCUGGGAGGAGGCUUUGCAUUGGCCCAUGGAAGUGAGGAAUCUGGACUUUCUGUGUGGCUGGGAGAGAGUCUUGUACCACUGCAGAGCAUUCCUCCGUUUGCCAUCUCCAUCCUGCUGUGUCUGCUGGUGGCCAUGUUCACCGAAUGUUCCAGCAACACCGCCACCACCACUCUCUUUCUGCCAAUACUGGCCUCCAUGGCCACCGCCAUCAAGAUACAACCGCUGUACAUCAUGUUUCCCUGCACCAUCUCUGCCUCGCUGGCUUUCAUGCUGCCUGUGGCCACUCCACCAAACGCCAUUGCCUUCUCCUAUGGCAACCUGAAAGUCAUGGACAUGGCCAGGACUGGAUUCAUUCUGAACUUUGUUGGAGUCAUAACCACCAACAUUGCCAUUAACACGUGGGGAGUGGCCUUGUUCCAGCUGAAUACCUUUCCCAGUUGGGCUAAUGCCACCAAAACUCCUUGA